CCACCUGUGCAGGUAAACUACCUGUCAGCUCCUCCGGCAGCCACGUGACUUUGCUGUCCAUCCUCACAGAUUUGAGGAAACCACCAAAUUUUAAUUCCCGCUCCAGGAAACGACCGGAUCAUUCACCAGUCCAGUCGACUCUGAGGAUCUUCAGCCAUGGAUAAACUGAAGUCUGUUUUAAGCGGUGAGGAGGCGCGCAGAGACGACCGAACUGUCUUAGAGACUGUCAAUGAAGCCUCCACGUUGGGCUGGGGCACACGUGUGAAGGGAUUCGUCGCCUGUUUCGUGGUUGGGGGCGUGUGUACGAUUUUGGGAGUGUGCAUGCUGUUCCUCCCCAGGAUUGGGCUCACUCUCUUCAUUGUGUUCUACACUUUUGGAAACCUAUGUGCUCUGUGCAGCACUAUGUUCCUGAUGGGCCCACUGAAGCAGCUGAAGAGGAUGUGUGACAAAACAAGAGCGCUGGCCACUACUAUAAUGAUUACCUGCCUUGUGUUGACUCUCUGCGCAGCCUUCUGGUGGAAGAACUUUGGACUGGCUUUGUUAUUUUGCAUCUUGCAAGUCUUGUCUUUUACCUGGUACAGUCUGUCGUACAUCCCGUUUGUGAGGGAUGCAAUAAUGAAGAUUGUGGCGAUGUGCCUGAAGUGAGGCCAACAUGAGAUCUUUUUACGAAGGAUUCUGUCUGGAUGAAGUGUUAAAGAAAGGGGCAGGUCUCUUAUUGAAGUUACUGAAACAGACGGUCUGUGACUCUUCCUGCUGCACAUACACACAUUUUAUCUCCAAUGAUCUUUUUCUUCUUUCCGCUUCAUUCAUUGAGCAGAUUGAUUUUUGGUACGUAUUGAUUACUUAUACCAAUUUUAAUGAGCCUGGGCUUGGUUUGUAAUAUGUGUAAAUAUUUGUAAUAAAUGAAUGUACUAAUGUUUUUGUAAAUGAACACAUGAAAGUGUCAUUAUUUAAAUGAUUUAAAGGAUUAAAUGUAAGUGUGGCACAGCCUGAACACUUGAGCCAGAAAGAUCAGAGAGGGGCAAUAUGAAAUACAGUUGCCUCCAUCAUUUAAUGAUGUUUUUGGUGCCUGGAAGGUAUCUUUUAUUAACAGUUUAAAUGUCACUUUAUUUUGUGGGUCUGUAACAAUAUAAAACAUGUAUUUAUUGAUCCUGAUUAUAUCUGUAAGAUAGAUAGUGAUAAGAAGAGAUAAGAAAGUGAUAUUUCUGUGAAACACAAACAUAGUUGACAGAUAUUCAUUCCUUGAAUGUUUUGUGUUAUUUUGGUCUCAAGUGUAACGCUGCACAAAGGUUGCUUUAUUAGAAGUUAUAUUUAGAAGUAUAUCGUAAGAGGUUCAACACUUUAUCUGAUAGAGACUUUGGCAGUUUAAUUAAACAAAUACAGUUUUAAAGAUAUCUUGAAUUUUAAAAAUCUUCUCUCAUGAGGUAGUUUAAUGUAACAGUUUAGCCUGAUUAUUAUGUUACUAAGUUUAUCCACCAUGGACACAGUGAGUAAAAGGCUUGAUGACAGUGUGCUAAAUAUUUAGACUUUUACACAGAGACAGCAGUUUAUGGUGGGCAGGUUUCCAACUGAGUUUGCCAAUGUUUUCAUUACCAGAAAGAUCAGUUUUCUGCUGUUUGUAAAUCUCAUGUCAAUGUGAAAGAAAAAGUCUAUUAAAAAUAUACAUGAGCAGAAUAA